UGUCAACCUCUCGUCAAGAGCGACUGUCAUUUCUGUCAUGGGCGUCAUGAGGUGGCUUGUCCUGGCAGCUCUGAGCGUGGGAAUCGCCGCAGCGAUUCCCACUAACUACAUUCCCGACGAUUCCUACGAGAACUUGGAACUGCACUUCGGCCUCGAGUUGGCCCUGGCGGCGAAUCCUGGAGUUGCUCCUCAGGCGCCGUCGCCUCCUCGGCCCGGUCCUGCGCUGCGCCAGGAGUCCUUCGGGGAGUCCUUCGGGGAGUCCUUCGGGGGUCCUCCUGGCCCGACGCCUCGACGCCACGCUGUGCCAGAGGCUGAUGAGGAUGAUGAAUAAGGCAGAAGAGGCAUUAAGUGUUUAGUGUGACAAAUUGAUAUGACGACUUCGGUUUGAUUAAACUUUCUUAUAUUUUAGAAGACAAGUAUUUUGAAUAAAUGGCAAUAUAUCUA